AUGGAGUCUCUUUCUUUAUAUCACAUAAAGAAAAUGAGAACGUCCCUCUUCUCUUUUUCUCUCACUCAUGAAGAAAAUAAAUCUUUCUCACUCUCUCUCUCUCUAUCUCUCUCUCUCUCUCUCUUUAUUUUUCAUGAAAAAAGUCUCUCUCUACGUUUCUCUCCCCCUCUCAUAAAGAAAAAGAGAAUUCCUCCCCUCUCUCUCUCUCUCUCUCUCUCUCUCUCUCUCUCUCUUAAAAGAGAAAAUAAUUUUCACUUUUACGCUCUUUUCUUAAAGAAAAAGUCUCUCUCUCCAAAAAGUCUCUCUCUCCGUUCCUCUUAUUCUCUCAUAAAAGAGAAUUCUCUCUCCCCACUCUCUCUCUCUCUCUCUCUCUCUCUCUCUCUCUCUCUCAAAAGAGAAAGUCACUUUCACUUUUUUCUUUCUUUUCUUAAAGAAAAAGUCUCUCUCUCUCUCUCUCUCUCUCUCUUCCUACCACUUAGACGAGAUCACUGGCCAUCAAAGAACGAAAGAAGACGUGAAAAUCUAAAACUAUUAAUUAUUCCUUUUCUCCAUUUUCUAUUCGCACAUUUCUCUUUCUUUCCCUUUCAUUUCUUCUUUUCGUCUUUUCUUUCUCUUUCCUUUAUUCAAUUUAAUAGACACACUCAUCCUUUUUUCGCUUCCAUUGAAAAAUUUUCUUACGCUUUCAGCUAUAUUUCUCUAGUUCUCGCUUUCUAUUCUCCCUCUUCCUCUAUUUUCUCCCUCCCUCUUCCUCUACUUUUCUCCUUCCCUCUUACUUUUUUUUAUUUUCCUCUGUUGCUCUGUCUCGGCUAUAUAAUAUCUCUCUCUCUCUCAGAUUCUAUACUUUCUCUAUUUCUAGCUUCCUCUUUCCUUUAUGCUAUUUUUCUCUUUCCAUCUUUCACUUUCUCUCUUUCCCAUCUCAACAUUUUCAUUUUUCACCUUUUCCCUCCUCUCUCUUUAUCUAUCUAUCUAUCUAUCUAUCUAUCUAUCUAUCUAUCUAUCUAUUGCUUUAUUCCACUAACAAGUAGACUGUCUUGUACUCCAGACAGUAAACUCACCUUCGUCUUAAUGAGUUAUCUUGUCCAAAUCAAGUUGCACUUCUCUUUACCGAUUUACCAUCGACCAUUCGUCGUUAUAGCGGCCAUUGCUAGAGAAUAUCGCUGGUCGGCCGGUCAUCAUUUUUCUUCAUCAUCGUUUACCAUUCUGAUCUCUCCCGCUGUCACUGCUCUGGUCAUUGGUGUCCUGAUCGCUCGGAGGCCGGCAUUCUUUAGCCUCUCCUCUGAUUCGUUUCCUCACUCUUUGCUAUUAGCUGCAACGUUACCUUCAUCCGUUUUACAAAUCUCUCUUCGACAGCGAAUCACCCGUACUCAAUUUAUCUUCAUUUUCAUCUUACAAUUUCCUUAUUACUGUCUCUCUGUUUCUCUUUUCAUCUUCGCUUUUCUUUCACUCUUUUCUUUUCUUUCCUUCCCUUUUCUUUCCUUUGCCUCUUCUAUUUUUCUAUUUUUCCUUUCUCUCUUUGUCGCCUCUUUUCCUCUUCUCUUUUCUUCUCUUUUUCCUCUCUUUUUAGCCUCUUUAUCCCUUCUUUUUCUCUUUAAUUUCCCUUUUUUUUUCCUUCUUCGUCUGCUUUUUCUUUUUUUUCUUGUUUAUCUUUUCUUUCUCGCUUGCUUCCUUCAUUUCUUUCUUUUUCUAUUAUUUCCCUUCUCAUUUAUUUUUUCUUUAUUUAUUUUUCUUUCUUUCGUUUUCUAUUUUCCUUUCUUUCUUUUUUCUUUCUUUCUUUUUCCUUUCUUUCUUUUUUUUUCUUUCAGUUCGCCUGGAGGCAUCUGGCAUCCUCUUUCUAUUUUUUCUUUUCAUAUCUCUUUAAGACACUCUAUCCUUUUGCUCAAAUUCUCUUUCUUAAUCUAUGACCUCCGCAUUUACUAUUUCCAAUCUGUCCUCUCACACUCUCUCUCUCUCUCUCUCUUUAUUCCUUUCUCUCUCUUUCCUAGGCUCAAUUACAUUUGA